AUGCAUCGCUCGGUUGCCAAGCUGCUCGCCUUGCUCCUCGCCAUGGUCAUCUUCUCCGUCGCCGCCCAUGCCCGGCAGCUCCAGCGAGCCCAUGCGGCUGGCGCAAGCUGCUUGCCGCACGAGAGGGACGCACUGCUGGCGCUCAAACAAGCCAUCAACACCGACCCCUACGACAACGUCCUCGCCUCGUGGCAAAGACGGCACAAACAUUGUUGCCGGUGGUGGGGCGUCACCUGCAGCAAGGAAACCGGCCAUGUGAUCGAGCUUGACUUUGGUGGCACCGGUUUGGACGGCAAGAUAAGUCCUUCCCUGCUUUCUCUCGAGCAUCUGGAAUACCUAAAACUCUACGCAACCAACCUACUUGGACCAGACGGUACUUCUCUCUUCCCAGAAUUCUUGUGUUCUUUAAGCAACUUGAGGCAUCUCGAUCUCUCAUACACACAAUUCUCUGGUAGAUUGCCUACUCAGCUUGCCAACCUUUCAAAUUUGGAGUACCUAGAUCUCUCAUACACACAAUUCUCUGGUAGAUUGCCUGCUCAGCUUGCCAAUCUUUCAAAUUUGGAGUACCUCGACCUCUCCUACACUAGCAUGUCGGUUAUACUGCCGCCUCAGCUCGGAAACCUUUCAAACUUGCGACACCUUGGCCUCGGUUUCAUGCAAGAUAUACACGCAUCAGAUAUCUCGUGGUUAACUCAUUUCCAUUUCCUGGAAUAUCUUGAUAUGAGUGAUAUAAAUCUUAGCAGCGCGGAUGUGUUUCUCGCGGCCAACAAAAUCCCAUCUCUGAAGGUCCUUAUUCUUAUCAAUUGCUCAAUUCCAAAUGCAAACCAGUCGCUUACGCACGUAAACCUCACAAAGCUAGAGGAGCUUGAUCUCUCCAGAAACUAUUUGGGCCACCAAAUUGAAACAUGCUGGUUCUGGAACCUAACAAGCCUCAAGAAACUAGGACUCGAUUCAACGGCUCUUUAUGGUCCAUUCCCUGAUGCGCUAGGAGGUAUGAUUUCCCUCCAGCGGCUCGCAUUUCGCAACAACGGUAAUUCAGCCACAAUGACGGUGGACUUGAAAAACCUAUGUGAUUUAGAGUUCCUAGUCCUCGAUGGGAGUCUUGCGUUUGCAAACCUGACAGAAUUCGUGAGGAAAUUGCCACAAUGUGCGUCCAGCAAAUUGUGGCACUUGAGCUCGAAUCACAACAAUAUGUCAGGAAUGCUGCCAGAUAGUGUGGGGCUCUUCACCGGCUUGGAGUACCUUUCCCUUUAUAAUAACAGUAUCACCGGAGUUAUACCAACUGGGUUAGUGAACUGUUCUAGUUUGGACAUAGUCAUUCUCCGAUUGAACCAGCUAAGUGGGCAGGUACCCACAUUGCCAAGAAGCCUCGCCGAAGUGGACUUAUCCAUGAACAGCUUGUCAGGACCUUUGCCAUCAGAUUUUGGAGCUCCAGAUCUUUCUGUACUAAGUCUAUCCUCCAACUACAUCACUGGUCACAUUCCUAGACCUAUUUGCAAGUUGCGACACCUGUAUUUCUUGGAUUUGUCCCAGAAUAGAUUUGUGGGAGAAUUUCCCAGGUGUUCUUCAAUGUCAGGCUUACAAUUCCUAUACUUAAGUAAUAAUAACUUCUCCGGAAAUUUCCCGGCAUUGCUCCAAAACUGUUCAGAAUUGACUUUCCUUGAUCUUGCAAUGAACAAGUUCGGUGGAGCAUUACCAGUAUGGAUCGGGGACCUAGUGAACUUGCGGUUUCUGCAGCUAAACCAUAACAUGUUCAAUGGAGAUAUUCCAGCUAGCAUUACAAGUCUUGUACUACUUCAACAAUUCAGUUUAGCGAGCAACAAUAUAUCCGGAUCAAUUCCAUCAUCCUUGUCAAAAUUAAGAGCUAUGACCCUGAAACAUCUGCGAAGACUUGACUCACGGUGGUCUGAAAGCAGUAUAAUUCUGCAGCUUCCCGUGGAUAUUUUGUCUGUGGCGAUGAAGCAGCAAGAACUUAAGUUUAGUGGUGAUGCAGUUAUCAACAUGGUCAGCAUUGAUUUUUCGCUCAACCAAUUGACCGGGGAAAUUCCAGAUGAGAUAACUUCUCUGAACGGACUGUUGAGUUUGAAUUUAUCAUUGAAUCACCUGAGCAAUAAAAUUCCUGUGAAGAUUGGGGAUAUGAAAUCACUGGAAUCACUCGACUUGUCAAGAAACAAUAUCUCCGGUGAAAUCCCAACGAGCCUCUCAGAUUUGACAUUUCUAAGCUCCUUAGACUUGUCAUACAACAAUCUUGCAGGAAGAAUUCCAGCAGGCAGUCAACUAGAUACUCUGUACGCAGAAGAUCCGUCCAUGUAUGAUGGCAACAGUCGCCUUUGCGGGCGUCCUCUUCACAGGAAUUGCUCAGGCAACAGUCCACCGGGGUAUGGGAAUCAGCAGAGAGGUGAAAAUGCUUAUGACCCAGUGAUGUUCUUCUACAUUGGGAUAGCGUCUGGCUUUGUGGUCGGACUCUGGCUUGUGUUCUGUGCUUUCCUAUUCAAAAGGGCGUGGAGAUAUGCCUACUUUCGCCUCAUCGACGAGCUAUGUGACAAGGUGUACAUGUUUGUUGUUGUUACUUGCGGCCGGAUAAACACAAAGGCGAUUGCAGGUUGAGUGAUGUGCUAAAUCGAAUAAUGCCGGCGGCACUCUGCUCCAUGAAUAAAUAACGGUGAAGAAGUAUUUAGCAGCUUGUACAAGUACGUAUUUGUCUAUCUUGUGAUAUGAAGUUUUUCUGAUGCAUGU